UCCUACCUUGCCGCGGCACUGACUGCGCGGCGCGAAUAACUUGCGUUUCGUCCGCGUCUCACCGCGAAUAAAUAAAUAGUCAACGUAUCAUUACCUGUCGCUCAUUGCUGGUGACAGUGUCAUAUAGGCAACACGACGCCUUCACACGAAAUAUUGACGUUAGUCAUCUGUGAUAUAACGAUUAAUAAAUACCAUUUAGGUUAUAUUAAUCGGACACCGGCAGGGUGAUGAUCAGUGUAGCGUGAGGCAGACAACGAGUGUUCAGUGACUUAUCUAAAACUUUCGAGAUGGAGUCUGCAACUUGGAAGUACAAUUUGGACACUACUCCGAAUUACUCAUACAUUUUCGAUUUUGAGAGCGAGUUUAUCCAUCAGAAUUCAAGGAAAUGGAUGACGGAGAAUUGGACUGUGGCGUUUUACUACGUGGGGGUGUACAUGGCUAUCAUUUUCUUCGGGCAUCGCUACAUGCAGACUCGUCCCAGAUUCGAGCUGACGCGGACGCUGAUCGUAUGGAACAGCGCGCUCGCGGCGUUUAGCAUCAUGGGCGCGUGCCGGACCCUGCCGGAGUUCAUCCACGUGCUACGGAACUACGGGAUCUACCACUCCGUAUGUGUUCCGAGUUUCAUCGAGGCAGACAAAGUGUCCGGUUUCUGGACGUGGAUGUUCGUGCUCUCUAAAGUGCCCGAGCUGGGCGAUACGGUGUUCAUAAUACUGCGCAAGAAGCCGCUCAUCUUCCUGCACUGGUACCACCACAUCACCGUGCUGCUAUACUCUUGGUUCUCCUUCUCCGAGUUUACGUCCUCGGCGCGCUGGUUCGUCGUUAUGAACUAUUGUGUGCACAGCGUGAUGUACUCGUACUACGCGCUGGUGAGCAUGGGCAAGUACCCGCCCAAGGCCCUCGCCAUGACCAUCACGGUCCUGCAGCUGACGCAGAUGAUCAUCGGCUGCGCCAUCAACGUGUUUGCCCACAACUACAUCACCAGCGCCACCGGCGCCUGCGGGAUCAGCCACUUCAACAUCAAACUCUCUAUGGCCAUGUAUUUCUCCUACUUCGUCCUCUUUGCCCGCUUCUUUUACAAAGCCUACCUCUCUCCCAAACCGGGAAAGAAAGCCAAAUCGGAACCAGUCCAGAGUCAAGCUCCCAGCGCCAAGAUGAAUUACAACGAGUAUCCUCGGCAACGGAACGGAGUCGUCGGCGUCGCCCACUAGUCGUAGCGAGUUGUGAUAUGUGCUAGGUUAUUGUACAGUUCCCGUAUGGCUGUAAGGGUACCGAACGGACCGGACGCGCCGGCUCCACCACAACAUUCGUUCAGAGCGUGAUCAUUAUUUCGGAUUUCCAUUAUUUUCGGAACAAACAACUUUCAAAUGACGCUAACAAACCGUCAAAUGCAUGUUGUGAAUAAUUUAAUAGGUGAUUAGGUUGAAUAAUGCUUCUAAUUAUUUGCUCAUUUUGGUGUUCGGUUUAGUUUCGUCUAGAUUAAUUGGAAAAUGAUUGAUGUGCUUCGCACGCAAUUACUAGGUAUAAUUAUUAAAUGUAAAUUCAAACAUUUCUCGUAAUACUGAUGGGACAUGACCAUCGCGACACCGACACUAGUCAUGAGAGCAGUGGCGGUGGAGCUACAAGCGAUGCACGUGCAAAAUCUUUUGGAUGAAAAGUAGAUCAAUAACUGCGAAUGGUAGGCAAAAUGCGGGUCGUAUUGGAAGCUUGUUGUUGCGUUGCGGCCGGCCGUCCACCGCCGCGCCGGCGCCGGGCGCGCGAUACAUUCCGCUAAAUUGUACAGCCGGCCCGAAAUGACUUUGUCGGUAAACCUAACUUCUACCAGAAAUAAUUAUUGAGAUGAAGCAAAAACUCGCUAUUUUAAAACACUGGUCGACUUUAAAACAGGUUGAUCGACCACACAUUGACGUAAAGUUAAAAAUGUAAGUUUCGCGUGGCACUGACAGCUUUUUAUAAUCCAUUGUGGGCUGUUCUGUUGAUAGUCGAUCAGAUAGGAUUACCGACGGUGUCAUCUUUGUCUAUUGGCUUUAGUGUAAGCUUCUGUGAGUAGUGACGCCCUCCCAGAGUGAACUGAUGCUUUUAAAUGGGUUAUUUGCUUUAUACCUUCUAGUAACUUUUUUCGACGCUUUUAUACGUGAAUUAUAUAGAUAUCGUACAUUAGGACGACUGACUGUAAAGGUGACGUAUUAAAACGUUAUAGUGGCAUUACAUGAAAAUCUGCCGCUUGAGAGUGUAUUUACGCCUGCUCUGUUAAACUUUAUAACGACUGAACGACGACCCCACAUUGUACGGUCUGCUGCAUUCCGACCCAUAUAAAAGCAGUAGUUUUUUGUUGUUGUUUAUUGUAUUUAUUACUUAAAGAAAACUGAGUGAUUUAAAGGUAAUUUAUUUGUAAAUGGGUUAUAUACCUCUACAUUUACUAAGGUUAUGGUUUCGCUGUGUGACCGUUGUUGUCUAGGUUAGAUAACUUUGAAACGCUUGUCAAACAAGCGCACAAAGUGUAAGAUUUCCUGUUAGGGGAAUAAGCAAUAUUAAUGUUUGGUGAAAUUGACAGUGCUUUAGUGGGGCCUAUGAAUUAGAUGGUCCAGUUCUAUAAGAGGUGUGAAUCGUGUCUCCAUCCAGCCAUAUCGGUUUAGAAAUAGUAGAUUGUUAACCAAGGGAUGAAAGGCAGUCAUUUCUGCCGAGGUAUUUUUGGCGCUCGAACGCAGUGAGAGCGCCAAUAGUCCGAGGCUGAAAUGAUGCCUUUCACCCGAGUUAAACACUCUACUUUUCAUUUCGAAUACGAGGAAAGUAAAAUGCAUGUCUUUUUUAAAACAUGACCAAGUAUAAUUUUUAUAGUAUUUUUAGGUACCCUACCUUCAGUUAACAAUUUAGGCAAAAGUGUCUCUAUUUAUAGAAUGGAGAGUCAAAUAUCAGAAUGGAAAUUGUAUAACAAAUACAUUUAAAUUCAAAUUUCAAUUGCUUAUCGUAAAAAAAUUCAAAAAAACGUACUUCGAACGUAAAAUGCUCUAGUGCAGACACGUAUCAUUUUCUGCACACCUUUUAGAACAACAAUGACCCUCUUUCAGAGCAUGAGAAAUGAAAAUAUAUUUGCUUACGAUAUUAUUACUAUUUAUGAUUGCAUGAUUAAAACUAAGCUCUGAGAACUGAACCAUCGACGUGAUCGUAUGCUAACCACAAACAAUUUCAAAUAAAACAAACUUCAAAUGUCUUUUGGCUUCGCCCUAGUAUUGAGGUAGCCAGUAAACGUCAUUGAAUUUGUGCCAUGUAAAGGUACUGGCACUAGUGUGUAUAGCGCAACCGGUUAAAGAAACUACUCUGUACCGCUUCUGUUUGAAAAAAUUAAAUUUUAAGUCACACGGAACGAUGCAUCGUUUUAAGCUCCCCGUAGAUCGAAUAGGUUUUGUAGGAAUGGAGGCGGAUCAGAUAGUUAUACGUAGAUUACGUAGUAACUGGGGACAUCAACCGGUAGCUCCUUAGCCGCAUUGUUAUAUAUGUUGGGUUUACGACGUAAUUGGAACAUUUUGACGCAAGACGUUUGAUUUUGAGAGUUGCUCUUAAUUACCAAGACGAUUAUACCUAAAAUAAAAACGGAUUUUUAUCCGGAUUCUACGUCACAAUGAUGUUGUUACGUUAAUAGAAAUACAUAUUUGUUUGUAAAUAUGCUAAUAUAAUUCCAAGCCAAUGCUUAAGUUAAGGGCCGAGAUAAAUCACUAUAAUACAAAGUUUUUGUGAUAGGUGAGAUUUUUUUAGUCCUAUCUCGAGACGGUUAUAUAGCUAUUUAUGAAUAUGAAAAUAUGCUUAGCACGUGGCGCGUGGUAAACAUAGCGUUCCGAAGGGUAGUGAUGUUUUGGCCCGUGUGCGUGUCGAUUUUAUAAACUAAUGUUAGGUUAGCAGGACGUGAUGCUAACUUAGGCGCACACAAAUUAGUUCUUUAAGCGUUACUAAAAGUCCAAAAUAGUUAGUCAUUUUACUAUUAGUGUUGGAAAUUCUGACAACUACGUACUUACAUUUGGUCAAAUAACAUGCCCUUUAAACUAGUGCUUUACUAGUGGAGAUACCUGAUAAGUGCAAAAUAUUAGUUAACAUGCUAAGGCUCGUAAUAUUUAUACUGAGAGCAGUUGUUUUAUCACUUCUUUAAGGCAAUUUAGUACACACACGCCCUCGGACAGUUAGACCAAAUGUAAGGAAUCAUACCAUAGACCCUGUGUCAGUGAUAUAUUUAAAUAUAAUGUUCGCGUCAAGUACAGAGUAACGAAAAAUAGCAUUAUGAAUUUAGGUAAUCGUUGUUGAUAUUUCCCCUGACAUCUUACAGUUUUAGAGGAGUUUAAAAUGAAACUGGAUCGCUGUUAAAGAGAAAGAAAACCAGAAAUUUGACUUCUAAAUGGACUCUGAAAUUGGUAUCUCAGUUUUGGAAACAAAAACUUAAGAAACUGAACACGUAAUACUUAGAUGUAAUGGAAGAAGGGGCGUGUGUGUAAUAGUUUUUCGCCUUCUGAUUCUCAUUGGCCGGAUCCAGUUGUACAAUAAUUUUAGAUUAGAAAAUGUAAAAAUGACUUAAAAUUUGGUUGACUAGUGGCCAACCAUAGUAGUGUUAGGCCAGGUCAAUUUCGUCUAGUUCCACUAUAGAAGUCACAAUUACAAGCUAAGAUCAUAAAAGAUUAGAAAAUAAUUUAUAUUUUGCAGAUAGGCUGUUAUUUUUCAUUGUCCAGUCCAUUGUUUUAUUUAUGGAUAAGUGGGUUUAGACAUUAUUUAGACUAAUAUAACAUUUAAUGUAAGUAUUUUUUAUUUGUUAUGUAUUUUGUUAUUACAAAUCAUAAUAUGGAUUUACGAACCUUGUUCUUGGUUUAUUUUACAUUAAAGAUAGGUAGCGGAUUUUGUGAUGCUUAUUAUUUGUUUUAUGACAGUUUUUAUCUUUUUAACUGCCUUGAUAAACCAAUCAUGUCAUUUACAACUUAGUGCUGUGAUCAGAAUAAAAUGCCGCGGCACAAUAAUGUUGUAGCAUACAAAAUGUUUGAAUCAAUAAUAUUUAGGUACCAAAAUAUAGGUAGGUUAUAUUUUGGUCCUGUUCACUUUCUGUUUAUACGGUCAGUGUCGGUGCCCAUAAUAGAAAACCUGAUAAGAUGCAAAUUUCCGUUUGGAUGUAUUUGUGUUUGGUUAUAUUGUAUUAAUUAAUCAAGUACAAAAUCAAAUACAGUCUAAUUGAGCUGGGUAAAUAAAAUAUUAUUACGUACUAAGAAUAACUUUCUGAUUAAGCGUUGAUUUGGCACGCUAUUAAUUGUAUUUUUUAUUAAACAAUUUACAAGUAGAAUCAAUCACUAUGUAUUGGUCUGGACACUGGACGUGUUGGCCACAUGGAGGAUCAAACUUAAAUAUAUUAUGUUUUUUCUUGUCUAUGUCCUACAUCUAAUGCCAUCACAUGCAAGCGUUUUACGCCUGUACUAGUUUAAAUACGAAAAUAUUUUUAAUAAUAUAAAAACAGUACUUACCCAUUGAUCGAAAGGUCUCGAAUAAGUAACCGAAUAUUUCAUGUUGUAUACCAAUAUGUAUAUCAAUAUUCAGUAAAGACAUUGUCAUAAACAUUUAGCAUUUACUUAUUUUAUUUAUAUAUAUAUAUGCGUAUUUUUCUCGCAUUUACAAAUGCUGUUGUUGUUCUGCCUAGAAUGGACUAGAGGUUACAGUUCCAUAGUACUCAAUAAAAUAUUUUUAAGAUAUAUUUUUGUGAAUGUUUUGUGGUUACAAUUCUGGAGAAAAUAUUAUUGUCAGAUGUCCAUCUUAAUAUAAAGAAUAUGGGAUUAUUCUUACAAUCAUUCAUUUGUAUUUUCUGGGCGAAUAAAGCGUUAGUGCAUUAA